AGUGCGCAUGCGGGGUUUGGUUCCUUGUCUGUAGUUUUAGCUAAGCUGAUGCUGCUUUGCUGUAGCGCGCGCACAUCCCCGUCGAGAUGAUGACUGAAACGAAAGCGUUUUAUUUGUCUAUAGACCGCUGAAAAUGGCACGACUUAAACACAUAUUGUUAUGUGUUCAGCACUGUGUGCUACAAGUCCACGAUGCCUGAAGAUCUUUAAAACCACUGUUCAAGGAGUUUUUGAUUCCUGUGGAAUCUAUACAUUUGUCGCCUCUUGUUUGUUUUUCUUCUUCUUUUUUUCUUUUUUCUUUUGACAAAAUCUACCCACGUCUGUGAGCACGUGGAUAUCCGAGUCGUGUCAGACAUCUUUUUUGGUCAACGAUGCCCGUACAAGCGCCGCAAUGGACCGAGUUUCUGUUGUGUCCCAUCUGCACACAGACAUUCGAGGAGAGUGUGCGCAAGCCCAUCAGCCUGGGCUGUGGUCACACUGUCUGCAAGAUGUGCCUGAAUAAGCUGCACCGCAAAGCCUGCCCUUUCGACCAGACUACCAUCAGCACGGACAUCGAGCUGCUGCCCGUCAACACGGCACUGCUGCAGCUCGUCUGCCCUCAGGUACCCAAAUCUCCACCUGUCACCUUAGUGAAAGGAGCAGAGGACAUCAAGCAUUAUGAUGAAGCACGCACAUGUGUGGAGGAGCUGGCUCUCUACCUCAAACCCCUCAGCAACACCCGAGGUGUAGGGCUGGGCACUGCGAGUCAGAGUCUCCUCAGCAGACCCAUGCAGAGGAAGCUGGUGACCCUGGUACACUGCCAGCUAGUGGAGGAGGAGGGCCGUAUCCGGGCCAUGCGUGCAGCCCGCUCUCUUGGAGAACGUACAGUUACUGAGCUUAUCCUACAACAUCAAAACCCCCAGCAGCUCUCUUCCAACCUCUGGGCUGCUGUUCGAGCACGUGGCUGCCAGUUCCUAGGCCCUGCUAUGCAGGAGGAGGCUCUAAAGUUGGUGCUGUUGGCGUUGGAGGAUGGCUCACCUCUAUCCCGCAAGGUUCUGGUUCUGUUUGUGGUCCAGAGGCUGGAGCCACGCUUCCCUCAGGCCUCAAAAACAAGUAUAGGGCAUGUUGUACAGCUUCUGUACAGAGCCUCAUGUUUUAAGGUGACAAAGCGAGAUGAGGACUCUUCUCUGAUGCAGUUAAAGGAAGAGUUCAGGACAUAUGAGGCUUUGCGGAGAGAGCACGACUCCCAGAUCGUCCAGAUCGCCAUGGAGGGAGGCCUGCGUAUUGCCCCUGACCAGUGGUCCUCCCUACUCUAUGGGGAUCAAUCCCACAAGUCCCACAUGCAGUCCAUCAUUGAUAAGUUGCAGACUCCAGCCUCUUUUGCUCAGAGUGUACAGGAGCUCACCAUUGCUCUGCAGAGGACAGGAGACCCGGCCAACCUCAACCGCCUCAGACCACAUUUAGAGCUGUUGGCAGACAUCGACCCGAGCCCAGAUGCCCCGGCCCCUACAUGGGAGCAGCUGGACAAUGGGCUGGUGGCUGUAAAAACAGUAGUGCAUGGGCUUGUGGACUUCAUCCAGAACCAUAGCAAGAAGGCUGGAGAUCCACAGCAGGCUCCUCAGCACAGCAAGUACAAGACAUAUAUGUGUAGAGACAUGAAGCAGAAAGGUGGGUGUCCCAGAGGAGCCAGCUGCACCUUUGCCCAUUCCCAGGAAGAACUAGAAAAGUUUCGUAAGAUGAACAAACGUCUGCCUUUGAGGAAGCCCCUCAGCCAGUCGCUUACCCACCUCAACGACAUGGACGUAGCUUGCAGCCCAGGCCUUCUGUCUGAUGAGGGUUUGGUUGUGGAGGGUCUGGCCCACAAACCUGGCCUGGUCACUAAUGGUAUUCUCCCAGUGCCACCUGGAUCAGAGCUCACACAUCUGAUCUCCCGUGGAUCAGCAACUCCCUAUGACACGGCUCGAAAGCUGGGAAAAGCAGACACUGGCAGUCUCAGUGCUCCUGAAUCAAGUUCAGAUUCACUGGAAUCUAAUCCUAAAGUGGUGAUGACUUCAUCUCAUCCUAAAGUCCAGAGAGACAGUCUGGCUGGACACACACUGUCUGCAGUCUCCAGAGUUGCCCAGAUACAGCAGUACCCUCCACAUCAGCCUGAGGCCUAUUACCCAGAAUCCAGAGUACCACCACCUGCUUCCCAAUACGAGUCCCCUCAGUAUCCCACUGGCAACUCCUAUGCAUAUCAGCACUUGCAGCCUCGCUACACUCGCCCACCAGUUGACCCUGUCUUGGCACAAUACCCAGACCCCUAUCCUGUCUCCUACGCCCCUGAACGCCAGUACCCUGCUCCGCCAUCUGACCCUCGCUACAACUACCACGACAGUCGCCGCCAUGCAGCUUAUGGAGGCCACCCUCCACUCCCAUCAUACACUCGAGAUGAGCUGGGUCACAGGAGUCCUGUCCCUUUGGAGAUGCCCCCACCACAGGCACCAACAGCAGGAGCCUCGUCCUCCUACCUCCCAGAAUCACGGGAUCGGUACGGCCCUGAGGGUUAUAACCACUCCGGCCACAACAGCCAUUACACUGGCAGGGGUGCCUAUCCCCGGCCACAGCCCAGCCUGGACUAUCUGCACCGUCGGAGGAAGGAAAUCAUGGCCCAGCUAGAGGAGCGGAAAGUUGUCUCUCCUCCUCCCUUUGCCUCCUCUCCAAAUCUGUCCCAUACUUAUGACCCCAGUUAUACGCAAGAUGUCAGGGGGCAAAACCAUUAUAUGGGAGAGAAACCUCCAGCAUUCCAGAACAUCAGAGAACCUGAAUAUGCAGCGUCAUACUCUCCAUGGUCAUGUGACACUUUUGUUCCUUACAUCGGCACCAAGGACAUGAAGUCCAAAGAUUGUCCUGCCCCAGGCUACAUGGAGAUGAAAACUAUAGAAAAAAGCUUGAGAGAUCCAUCUCUGGAGCUGCAGCGUCGAGCAGCAGAGGUCAAAGACGAUGACCCGAUCAUCCCAUUUGGCUCAUUGCCCACCAUCUCUCGCUUUGGAGCCAUAUCUCGUACGUCCAAAUCAGGAUAUCAGCCUGCUGGCCUUGUUCCAGGCCCCUCAGUCAAACACACUGCAAAUGCAGUUGAUUACAGCUACGGGAAUCACGGAGGAUGGGGUGAAGCCUCUUAUGCCCAGCACCAAACUAUGCCAUCUCAGGGACACUUCAAUGAGCGUUCUUGUGUGUCCAGUCUGCCCCCUGCUGGACAAGACAGGGAACAGCUGAAGAUGGAGCUCCAGCAGGUCAACCAACAGAUCACGCAACAGACUCGCUAUAUGGAGAGGGAACCAGGUUCAGCAGCUGGCCAAGUCGCUCCAGUGGAGUGGUCAACAUCUAGUGUUUCCAGUGAGCAGCUGAGCAUAGAGUUGCACCAGGUGGAGAGAGAGAUCGGCAUAAGGACACGUGAGAUGGCCAUGGAGGUGGCUGGCAUGAAAUAUAAGCUGGUAGCAGGAAGUGAGAAUGGACAGAGUGAGCACAGUUUACAGCGUGAAGAUCACCACCUAGCCCUGAGUGAGGGGUCAAACGGUUCCAGUUCUGUGGUGCAGGAACGUGGUUUGGGCAGCACCAGCAUGCCGUCCUUGACCAGCAAAACCUCCUCCCUCAGCCUGUCAUCUGAACUGGUGGGCAGUAGUCCGGAUCUGGCAAAGAAUGGCGUGGCUCACGUCUGCACAUAGUUUGUCUUCAGCUAGAUACUACCUUAUGAGCUGGUCUCUUUGUCUCCCUCUCACUUUUCCACCCUCACACACAACCACACACAGUCUCUACACUCUGAGUAGAAAGUUGUAUCUCAAGAUCACCUCCAAUUUGCAGAGGCUACAAUAUACCACCAACCCUUCAUUAAUGAACUAUUUAACAAACUCCACUCAUAUUGGGUCACUUUUUUCUUUGCCACCGCAGUACUGGGAUGUUGAGCAUUCCAUAUAUUCAAUGCCUUCAGCUGCAUUUCUUACCACUGCUUGUUUAAAUAAUCCAGAAUUUGAUGAGUCCUACUUGCUCACAACACCUACAGGAACUUACAGGAAUAGGAAUUAGCAGCAUCUGCCUUUUCCCUUCUGUGAAUGUUGUUUUUUUCCCUCUUAUAAAUUCUUUCAUUGCCUUAAUGAAUCUUUAUAAUUCAAACUAGAGCAUUCAAGAAACAUUUUACAAGUAUGUUUACUUGCAAGUCAAAACAGUAAUAUUAUUUUAAUAACUAAUAGUAAUACUCACAUGCAGUAGACUCAGACUACAUUCUUAGUAGUUACGUUAUCAUUCAUGAUGCUGACUUUUCACCUUUUGAAGUUUACAUUCUGCACAGUACUCUUGUGAAUUUUCUUACAAUUUCUGUAGGAGCCUCCUGUCGUGCUGCAUAUUUGGCAUAUUAGUAACGGAUGGAUAUGAUAAACAUUGCCUGUUCAAACUAACUUUUAGUUAAAACCAGACUGUUAUCUUGAGUUGAAGCUAGUAUUGUUGCCCGUCAGCUUCAUAUACAAUUGGUCAGUGUUCACGCAACGUGGCUUUGCUCAGUAUCUUACCAAAACAUAACUCGGGCCCCGCCUACACGUAUACAGAUGUGUGUGCAAUUUAAAAUGAACCUUUUUGAAUACACUCUCAAGGCUGGAGAAUUUUUGUUAAUCUUUCGUGGAUAGGAAAACUGUUUUCUUGGCGACCCCUAUUGCGAUUUGGCGCGUACCACUCAUCCACGAUGGCGCAGCGGAUGGCGGUCUCAGUGCUAAUGCGCUUUUUGUCUCGUUGUAGGACUUUUUAUAAAAUAUCUGCCAACCAGUUUGUUCGUUUGUGCUGCAUUUUCUUUCAAAUUUAAAUUAAAUAAAAAAAAAGAAGAAGAAAAAAAACCCACCCUCAUGCUCACGGUAUGGCUUCCAAAUACACCGCUGCAGGGCUACAGUUUUAUACUGUGAACAUCCUGUGAGGUUUCACAUACGAUUUUUGUGUGUUUGAGUGCAACAUUGAAGCAGAACUUCCAUUUCUGUCAGUCCAUGCAUAUGAAUGUUUGUGUUUGUUGGGUUUGAUUUGUUUUGUUGUAGCAAUUUUGGCCAUGGUGGUAUUUUUCUACACAUUGCCUCCUCUACUACUCCGUAUGCAGUGUAUGUUAUUCUUGGCAAUUCUUCUACACAACAGUUUGACAUCCCUGUGAGAAUUUAUAUUGAAUUAAAAAAAAAUUGAAGUUGCUGGAUGUCAAACAUAGAUCUCGAAAACAGACAAAAAUAUCUGUAUACGUAUGAACGGUGCCUCAGUCUUGUUUCCUGUGUAAUUCCUGCCAUUUAGCUGGGCAUGCUCAUGAGUCAGACAGAGAGUCCAGGUUUUACGUGUUAUUUCACAAUUCCACUCAAUGCUCAGUUUGAAGUUUGUGACGACAUUCUUCCAUGCCGAAAUCAAGACUGUGCUCUUGAACCGACCUACAAAAUCUGUUUGCCUUACUGGAGAAAAACGGCCAAAUUCUUACUGUUUUAUUUGGCUAUAUAUAGAUUUUUUUCACUUCCCAGAAGCUGAGCUUCCAAAAAUUGCUUUGCUUCUUCAGAGGUGAUCAGAAAUGUCUAAAGCAUGUGGACAGGGCCAGAAAGCCACUCAUCAAUUGUAGCCAAUUGCACUUGUUUUUUAUUUAUAUAUUUAGUUUUAUUACUUUUUUUUUUUUUAGAUCAUGUACUAACAUUACCUCUCAGCUUUAAUGUUUUUAACCAGGGAUAUUUACUUGUUUCAUCCUGAGGAUGGAAAAAAAAAGCCUAAGAGAGAAACUGAAAGGACACAUUCUAUUUUAUGAAUGUUUUUUAUAUAUAUAUAUAUAUAUAUAUAUAUAUAUAUAUAUAUAUAUAUAUAUAUAUAUAUAUAUAUAUAUAUAUAUAUAUAUAUAUAAUAAAAUUGUUUCAGGGAAAACUUUGAUCUGCAUACAGAUCUUCAUAACUAGAAAAGUAAUGAAAAAAUGACUAAAGCCUUACCGUCAGGGUGCUGCUGUGGUGUGUGUUAAUGCCUUUUGUUUUAGGAGUUUUUUUUAGUUUGUAUUUUUACACACACUGGCCCAUUUAGGACGUUUAUGUUCUAGAAAUUUUCAGAUGAGAUUCUGUUCUGAUCACCUCUGUUUGGACCUAAAGCUGUGUUUAUUUGAACUAUUUUUUUUGUUGUUUUUAACUUCUGUGAAGUUGGUUUUGUCAUUGGCAUGUUAAUGAUUUCUCCAGGAGGCCAUUUCAAGGGGUUCAGAGCUGAUGCAACUUCUACACUCACUCUCUCCCUUUCUCUCUAUCCCACUCUCUUCCUCUCUCGCCUUUCCUCCCUCUCUCUCCCUCUCUGUCUUGUGCUCUUCCUCUGUCCCUCUCUCUCAUGCUCUUCCUCUCAUGCCCCCCCCAAAAACCUAAAACAGACUGAGAAUCACUGCCAAGUGUAAACCUCAUUAUUUACAUUCACUGUAUGAAUUUCAAACUUCCCAGAAUUUUCUGAAAAGGUUAAGAUUUCUUAUUCAUACCAUGAAUAAGAGCUUGUACUGCUGUGACGAUUAACAAAUACUAUUUAAGAUACAAACAACUUCAUGGGAUUUUGGAGCAUUGACCUAAAAAAAAAACUUUGGACAGCAUUAUUUAGCUUGUUGAACAUGCAGUAUUUUCAGUAAAUGUAGUAAUAAUGAGACAGAUAAAAUAGGGUUAAUGUGACAAAAAUACAUUUGAAGUGCCAGUGAAAUCAUACCUGUGGUGGUCAUUGAGCGUCUCUAAAUGUAAUUAACAAUCAUGUACACCUUUAUCAGACAUAACAGUUGUUCAGUGUUUAAAGUAUUGAUACUGUACCUGCAGUGGUGGAUUGAGGGUACAUCAUGUCACCAAGCUGUGUACUAGAUCCUGAAUGCAUUUGGCUGAAGUGUGUGUGCAGAAACUGAACUACUGAUUUCUGAAACCCUGAAAAUGUUUGUAUCUUUACUGCAGGGGUGGACAAAUCACUUUGCAAGGAAAAUGUCCAGUGUUCUGCCAAGCAGCAUUUUAGUUGCCAAGAAAUGUGUGGCUAAAAAGUGGUAGCUAGUGUAAUUUAACAGCAUAUUACAAGCUAGUUAGCUUGUUGAGUGCAUUAAUAUAGACAGAGAGCAAUCCUUAUCCUCUAAUGUCUCUGAUGUAGCACAUGGUUUCAGGUGCUGUCACAGUAUCACAAGUUGUUGGUGUGCAUUUUUGUGAUUGUAGCAUUAAUUUUGUAAUUGUUUCUGUAAGACUCCCUGAUUUUUAAAAAGUUCAAAUUAAUCUCUGCAAAUUAACCUAGUGAGUAAAAACCAAGCAGAUGACCCCUUGAGCUUUUAAGAUUAAUUACUAACUGAAAAUUGUUUUGUGAAAAAAACAAAACCCUAGUGGUUGAAACUGCUUGUCCACAAGGCAACUACAGAUAAAAGUACAAUGAAUAUAAAUGUUUGUUCCAGUGUGCCGGAUUUGUCCACUCCUGUAUGCAUUAGCUCCUUUUUCAUCAACAGCAAUAAUGCAGUGUUUUUGUUUUUAUUAUGGAAUUAGUAUUUUUUUUUAUUAGUUGGUAAAACAGUCAACAUCACCAGAGCAUUGAAUUCCUGAGACUGUGGGUGUAACUGCAUCCACUGUUGCUGUGCACUCAUUACUUCAUUGCAAACUACUUUCACAUUUUUAUUCUAAUAGUAGAUCGAUUGGACACAUUUUUGUGCAUGUUUGUGUGUGUGUAUACAUUCUGACUGGCUAUUUAAUUGCCAUUCUGUGCUGUAUUAUUUAACACACCGGUGGCAGAUUUUCGUUAUUGCUUGUGUAGGAGCUGAUGACAUCGUUGUUUAUGUUCAUGAAUGCGAUGGCAGUGAGCAUUAGGCCAUACUGUACAGGUUUUGUGAGGUAUUAUGCGGAAACCGUUUUUUUUUCUUUUUGCGCGCUUUCAACAAAUCAGCAUGUUGCCAUGACAAGGGGAAGAAGACGCUUUUGUUCAAAGCUUGAGAGGAAACCGCGGUGCCUUGCACUUUUAUGUUGCAUCGUCAGCCAGUUCGAUUCGUCUUCUGAUUGUAAAUCUGCUGUUCAGAAGAAUGUUUUUAAGGCAAUUUCAUGAUGCUAAUUUUUUCUUCUUUUUUUUUGAUAUCUUAACGAGAGAGAGUUGUUUCAUAGCACAUAUAAUUAAAUGAACCAAAAAGGUAAAAAGCGUGGUGUUUGGAGGGCUGUAAAUUGUCUUCUAAAAUCUCUUUAUUGUCCAGAUAUACAGUGAUGGAAAAAUGUAAAGAUCACAAUCACUGAAGCUUGGAAAAUAUGGAGUCUGUGCUAAAUAAAUGAUUAGAGAAUUAUAUAAAUAACAAGUGUAUACAUUUUGUCAUAUCCAGCAUUUAUCUUCAUGUUUAUCCAAAUAUCUAGAACAAUAAGCCAUCGCUCUGUGUUUCAUUGGUGAUUCACUCUGUGUGUGCGUGUGUGUGUAGGUAGGUGUACAUUUUUCUUUGUUGUGCAAGAUUUAAAUUUGAGACUGGUUAGAAUUUGUUUCCUUACAUGAAACGCAGUGAUAAACUAGUCUCUUUCACUCAGAAGGGCUUCAGUUACUGACCUGCUGAAGGAAUUGAUCAGUCUUUUAAGAACUGCUCAGCCGGUUAACUAUUGUUGCAAAGCAACAUCCACAUACAACGUCCCAUCAGGCAGUGGGAGAAACACCUUAAGUGUAAAAGGGGGGAAAAAGGGAGCGACCAUGUUUACCCACUGACUCAGUGUCAUGUCUUCUCUAAUCAGUAAGCAGUAAAACGUCUCUCGUUUUCUGUAGAGAACUGUAAAUUUUGAUCACAUUUUUAUGUAGUUUUCAUUACGAACUUUCUUUUUAUUUGAGAGUAAUUUGUUUCAAGCUCAUGUACAGUAAAGCAAGCUGAUGUACAGAUUUUUUUACACUCUGUCCAAGACAGAUAGAGUGGGAGGGGCUUCCAUGUGGACCAAUGAGUGAUUGCUAAACAGGAAGUUGAGUGUCAGGCACAAAUGCUCAGAGAAGCUCAGGAAAGACUCCUCACUUGACACCCCCACACACAUUAACACAGGUGUUAAUUGUUCAGCUCGUAGGCAUAGGAUGUUUCAAAAUCUAUGAUCAUGUAUGAGUCCCGAUGGGAGUGUGGUUUUUGUAGUUUUUUUGUUGUUCACGCUGAACAUGCUCACUGCUUGCAGUCACCUGUUUUUGUUGAUUUUUUUUCUAACACAUUUAGAUGUUCUUGUGUUUGUUUAAUAUUGUUGUUAUUUUUUAUUAAUUUGUAAAUCCUGACCUUGGGAAAAUGUAAUUGCUUUUGAUGAUUACUCUCAGGUUGGCUCAUAAUAGAUUGCUUAAAUUAAGGUACAUAUACCAGCUGCAACAUGAGUAAGAAUUUAAGGGUUUCUUUUUAAUAUAUAAAUAUAUAUUAUACUCCAUUAAGGAAUGUUUAGAACUAUUUCUCCAAUGUGGAUUUAGCUGUUAACCUUUUUUUUUUCUUUGUUAAAAUUCACUGUGUGAAAUUUUGGAUUGCAUUUUUGUAUAAUACAAUUGCUUUUCUUCAUGGAAUGGGGGAGGGAGGGGAACUGAAUAGAAGGCUGAAUUAGAUAAAACAUGAAAUUAUUUAAAAGUGUAACUUAAUGUGCAACAAUAAUUCUGUACUGGCAGGGAUUGUGAAUAAAUGAUAUUGUAAACAGCA